CAUCUAGUCUGGGUGGUACAGAAACAGAUGUCUUUUGGUGUUGUUUUUAUACCCAUGCACGCGCCUGGCUCGUCCGCGUCACACGGCAUGGGUCAUCUGCUCGUCUCUCCCAACAGCUAGUUGCCAGAACUGCUGAUUGACAGACGCGGAGAGAUUGUUAUGUUCUCCGGAGGACACGGAGUGUUCGACGAUUAUGGAACAAUGGAAGCGGCCAGUUCUACUGCAAUGUGCACGGCCAAGACAGGCACUCUGGGGGUAUUGCGCACGCUGUGGAGGUUGGAUAAAUUGAGGCUAUGGGAGAUUGUGAUGAUCUGGUGUUUUGAAUUCAAUAUCAACAUACAAAGAAGCCGUAUGUAUUUGUUUACCAACUGCUGGCACACGGUGACACAUCUGGCCUUUAGCCUUUUUGUAUGAGCCUUACAAGCCUAUUCACUAUUGGCGAGAUCAAUGACAUUCUCUUUCCUUUCCUUUUUUUUCAUUACAUUUUGUGAUUAAAUACUCCAACAAAUAAAGGCCUAAUGUAUUGAGUAACAAAACAUGAGAGCAUCGGCAACAUAUAUAUAUAUAUAUAUAUAUACGAGGAUCACCAAAGUGCCAUAGUUGCAAUUUUAUACAAAUAGUAUGUGUUACUAUUGUGCUGCCUACCGCCUAGAAUUAGGUUUGAUUAAUUUUCUUCGAGGGAAAUUCUCAUUCGGCGCUGUUGUAUUUAAUUGUUGUCCGACAGAAAGUGAGCAUCCCUUUAACAGCAGCCAAGCGUCCGUUGCCAUGGGUACCGCGAGGCAGCGGGGAGAAAGAGACACGAAUGACAAGGCUAGAUGCUAGCUAUCAAAAGUUUACUCAACGAAGAAGUUGCUUUUGUAUACAUUGUAUAAAUGUCACUGUUUAGGGACAAUUGUAACUUUCUUGUCUCCCUGCGUGACACCAAUUUACAUUAGCUCAAACAACUUGCUCAGCUGCCGAGUUGACUAACUAACUAGCUAGGCUACAACUAACUAACGUUACCUUAGCUAGCCUAAGCAUUGACAUGGCAAGUCUAGGCAAAUCGACUGGCAAAACUCCCAAAAAGGAGGCGAGACCUCGGACCCCGCCAGAGAAGAAACGUCUGAAAGUGUCAGAGGAUUUCUCCUCGUGUCUGAGUGAAGAGCAGCCUCAGAGCCCCACUCUUAAAGGAGAGGACAUCCAGGCCCUGGCCAUCAGACCUGAGGACCUGGAGAAGUUGCGGGUGCCCCAGCCCCCUAAAGAACCCCAGAAACCUGCAGCUGUGACCCGCGUGCUGGUGCGUAAGACCCGCCCACCUGAUGACAUCAGAAAGGGGGUGAGGGUAGCGGUGGCCCGCCCCCUGGCCCAGGACACCACCACACAGCCACUGGACUACACAGGACCGGGGGGACCUCGCUUCGAUGCCCAAGGGAUGGUCCUCCCCCACAGCAUUCUGGGUAGUCUGGAGGACUUCAGGACAGAGAUGCAGGCCAGGGGAGAGACUGAGCUGGUGAGGAGGGUGCCAGCCCCUCAGAGAGCCGUCUCCCAGGUGUUGAGGGGUGCAGAGAGACCCCCUCCAGUCCCCAGGGGUCAGAGAGACGUCCAGAGCCACGCCCUGCAGCACUGGCACACACACAUGACCCAGAGACGACACCAGCAGGACCUUAUCUCCAACCUGCUCCAGAAGCCAGUAGAGAGGCUGUUGAUGAACCAGUCCAACCGUUUCAGAGAGACUCAGGAGCAGAGAGAACUGAUCACCCGAGGCCUGCCAGCCAUACAUUCUGGACAGGGUUACCGUGUAGGCAGUGAGUUCUGGAGCCUCCCUCAGAGGUUUGGUGAUGAGCUGAGUGGUAUCUCAGCCACCCUGACCCAGACACAGAGAGGACAGCAGGAACCUGUCACACACAUCGCACAGCCACACAGCAUCCGCAUGGAGUCAGGUAAUGUUCUCCCAGAGACGACAUGUGGUUCAGCUAGCAGGACCUGGGACCAGAGUCUCUACCUGCAGCACCGACGACAUGAGCUCAGAGAUGUUCUCAAAGACCUGGACUUCAACCAGCCUGAGAUAGAUGGCUUGGAGGUGAUUGGCUCAGGCCAGCCCUUCACCUCUGUCACUGUGAAGCAGAGCCCCCUAUUGGAGGAGGAGGAGAGGGAGGAGCUUAGGGAGGUGGAGCAGAAGGAAAACCAUGACCCCCUGUCGCAGUUUGAUGAUGUCAUGCUGGACGCGGUGCUGGUGCCUGCCCUGAGGUUCUGUGGGCAGCCCGCCCGCUGGACAGGCAACUCCACCUCUCACAAGCAUCACUUCUACUUCAACACCUCCACAGAUGUGAUUCUACCAGGUGACAGCAAGCGUGUAGAGUUUAUAUUUAAGUCGGAGGUCCCAGGCAUCAGGACAGAGGUGUGGCGUCUCAACACACACCCUGUCCUGCUGGGCGGAGCCUCCAUCCAGGUGACACUGAGGGGCGUGGCUCUUUACCAGGACAAGACCGCUGACCAGAGACACGCUCUGGAGAGGGAGCUGCAGCAGAGAGAGGCUGCGUCAGUGUGUCGGUCGUUGGUGUGUGACGUGUUACGAGGCGUCCUCACCCCAGAGAGACCCAGCUCCCCUGCAGAGCUCUACACCACCGAGGAAGAACACUUCCACAACAGGAACCCAAAGUUGCAGUACCGUUAUGAGACAGUGGAGGCGCUGAAGAGCCUGUGGCAGCAGGUGACUGCAGAAACAGGAGAAGACAGAGAAACAGCAUGGGACCUCUCUGUGUCUACACUACGACAGGCAGUGCUGGCUCUGCCCCAGGGGGAAGGGGAACAGGAUGGACCCCAGGAGAGGCUCACCAGAGAGGGGGCUCUGAGCCUCUAUAACACCCUCCUCCUGGAGCUCACCCAGCCACUCACACAACACACGCCACUACCACACAACGCUAUAGGGUUGCAGCUGUGGAGAGAGCUGUUGGACGGUCUGGUCAGUGCAGCUCUGUGGCUCAGACAUCUACUGGGUCUCCCUGAGACAGACACAUGGGGGGAACACACACAGGACCACCACCACAGCUGGGGAAAGAUGAAGAAAGAGGAGAAGUUUGAGAAGAAGGCAGGAGCACCCCUGAAGGAGGAGAAGAGGGGAGGAGCCCUAAAGGAGGAGAAGAGGGGAGGGAGCAUCAAAGAGAAGGAGGAGAAGAAAGGAGCAGCCAAGCCUGCUGUGAAGGAGAAACCAGUGGAGGAGCGUCCGGGCAGUAAGAAGAAGGGUCGUGAGGAGGUGGCGGUAGGGGACAAGCGUCCUGGGGGUAAGACUGGUAAAGAACCAGGCAGAGAGCCCUCCUCCACCACAACCAGCCCUGAGAGUGACUACCAGGACCACCACACUGACGCUACUGUAGAGCCUGGACUACAGGACAAAUACAGGAGACAGCUGCACCAACAGGCUAGUACACUAUACUAUACUACCAGGACCACCACACUGACUCUACUGUAGAGCCUGAACUACAGGACAAAUACAGGAGACAGCUGCACCAACAGGCUAGUACACUAUACUAUACUACCAGGACCACCACACUGACUCUACUGUAGAGCCUGAACUACAGGACAAAUACAGGAGACAGCUGCACCAACAGGCUAGUACACUAUACUAUACUACCAGGACCACCACACUGACUCUACUGUAGAGCCUGAACUACAGGACAAAUACAGGAGACAGCUGCACCAACAGGCUAGUACACUAUACUAUACUACCAGGACCACCACACUGACUCUACUGUAGAGCCUGAACUACAGGACAAAUACAGGAGACAGCUGCACCAACAGGCUAGUACACUAUACUAUACUACCAGGACCACCACACUGACUCUACUGUAGAGCCUGAACUACAGGACAAAUACAGGAGACAGCUGCACCAACAGGCUAGUACACUAUACUAUACUACCAGGACCACCACACUGACUCUACUGUAGAGCCUGAACUACAGGACAAAUACAGGAGACAGCUGCACCAACAGGCUAGUACACUAUACUAUACUACCAGGACCACCACACUGACUCUACUGUAGAGCCUGAACUACAGGACAAAUACAGGAGACAGCUGCACCAACAGGCUAGUACACUAUACUAUACUACCAGGACCACCACACUGACUCUACUGUAGAGCCUGAACUACAGGACAAAUACAGGAGACAGCUGCACCAACAGGCUAGUACACUAUACUAUACUACCAGGACCACCACACUGACUCUACUGUAGAGCCUGAACUACAGGACAAAUACAGGAGACAGCUGCACCAACAGGCUAGUACACUAUACUAUACUACCAGGACCACCACACUGACUCUACUGUAGAGCCUGAACUACAGGACAAAUACAGGAGACAGCUGCACCAACAGGCUAGUACACUAUACUAUACUACCAGGACCACCACACUGACUCUACUGUAGAGCCUGAACUACAGGACAAAUGCAGGAGACAGCUGCACCAACAGGCUAGUACACUAUACUAUACUACCAGGACCACCACACUGACUCUACUGUAGAGCCUGAACUACAGGACAAAUACAGGAGACGGCUGCACCAACAGGCU